AUGGUUUUAUUUCUCUCAGGAGUAUGGUGCUUUAGUGAGCUGUUUUUUGUAAAAGAGCCACAGGAUAUAACCGUCACAAGGAAGGACCCAGUGGUUUUAGAUUGCCAGGCACAUGGCGAAGUUCCCAUUACAAUCACAUGGCUGAAAAAUGGAGCAAAAGUUUCUGAAAAUGAACGGAUCUACACGUUAUCCAAUGGCUCUUUAUACAUCAGUGAGGUGGAAGGAAAAAGAGGAGAACCAUCUGAUGAAGGAUUUUACCAGUGUUUAGCACUGAACAAAUAUGGGGCCAUUCUCAGUCAAAAAGGUCACCUUACACUAGCAACCAUUUCUGCAUUUGAAGUCCAACCACUUUCAAUUGAGGUCCAAGAAGGUGGAGUGGCUCGGUUUGCUUGUAAAAUAACAGCAAACCCUCCUGCCGUAAUCACAUGGGAAGUGAAUCGAACAACCUUACCUCUAGCCUUGGACAGGAUAACUGCUUUACCAACAGGAGUUUUGCAGAUCUAUAGUGUUGAAAAGAGGGAUGCUGGGAAUUAUCGAUGUGUUGCUACAACUGUAGCCAAUAGACGGAAAAGUGUUGAGGCAGCACUAAGUGUUAUUCCAGCCUUAGACUUGAAGCCAUUCCAGAAGCCAGCCAUUAUAGCUGGUCCUCAGAACAUUACAGCAUCUCUUCAUCAGACUGUCAUCUUGGAGUGUGUUGCUACAGGGAAUCCAAAGCCGAUCAUCUCAUGGAGCCGUUUAGACCACAAGUCCAUUGAUGUCUUCAAUACCCGUGUCCUCGGAAAUGGGAACCUCAUGAUCUCUGAUGUGAAGGUGCAGCAUGCUGGAGUUUAUGUCUGUCGAGCAACUAUUCCAGGCACACGGAACUUCACAGUUGCAAUGGCAACUCUCACUGUAUUAGCACCACCUUCAUUUGUGGAAUGGCCGGAAAGUUUAACAAGGCCCAGAGCUGGUACUGCCCGUUUUGCAUGUCAGGCAGAAGGAAUUCCAGCACCCAAAAUGUCAUGGUUGAAAAAUGGAAGAAGGAUACACUCCAAUGGUAGAAUUAAAAUGUACAACAGUAAAUUGGUGAUUAACCAGAUCAUUCCUGAAGAUGAUGCCAUUUAUCAGUGCAUGGCUGAAAAUAGCCAGGGGUCUAUCCUAUCCCGGGCCAGAUUGACUGUAGUUAUGUCAGAAGACAGACCCAGUGCUCCUUGUAACGUCCAUGCUGAAACAAUGUCAAGUUCAGCAAUUCUGCUAGCUUGGGAGAGGCCGCUCUAUAAUUCAGACAAAGUGAUUGCAUAUUCAGUGCACUACAUGAAAGCAGAAGGUUUAAAUAAUGAAGAGUAUCAAGUGGUUAUUGGAAAUGACACAACUCAUUACAUUAUUGAUGACUUGGAACCAGCCAGCAAUUACACGUUUUAUAUUGUGGCCUACAUGCCCAUGGGAGCCAGUCAGAUGUCGGAUCACGUGACUCAGCACACCCUUGAAGAUGUUCCUUUGAGAGCUCCUGAAAUCAGUUUGACAAGUCGAAGUCCCACAGAUAUUCUCAUCUCCUGGCUGCCUAUCCCAGCCAAAUACAGGCGAGGCCAAGUGGUCUCGUAUCGUGUAUCUUUUCGCCUCAAUGCAGAAAGCACUAUCCAAGUUCUGGAGCUUCCAGGGACCACAAAUGAGUAUCUCCUGGGAGGCCUGAAGCCUGAUAGUGUCUACUUGGUUCGUAUUACUGCAGCGACAAGGAUAGGCUGGGGAGAAGCCUCUCUGUGGACUUCCCACCGGACCCCCAAAGCCACAAGUGUGAAAGCACCAAAGUCUCCUGAGCUGAGUUUGGAACCACUGAACUGUACAAUCAUUACAGUGAGGUGGCAUCAGGACUCUGAGGAUACAGCAACUAUUGAAGGGUACAAAUUGUACUACAAGGAAGAAGGCCAGCAGGAGAAUGGACCAAUUCUACUGGCUGCCAGUGACCUUGUGUAUACUCUCAGUGGUUUGGAUCCCAGAAGAAAGUACCAUGUAAGGUUAUUGGCAUAUAAUAGCAUGGAAGAAGGUUACCAGGCAGAUCAAACAGUCAGUACUCCAGGAUGUGUCUCUGUCCGUGAUCGUAUGGUUCCUCCUCCACCACCACCUCACCACCUAUAUGCCAAAGCUAACACUUCAUCUUCUAUCUACCUCCACUGGGGAAGGCCUGCAUUUACCUCUGCACAAGUCAUUAACUACACCAUUCGCUGUAAUCCUGUGGGGCUGCAGAAUGCCUCUUUGGUGCUCUACCUUCAAACGUCGGAAACUCACAUGUUGGUUCAAGGUCUAGAACCAAAAACCAAGUAUGAGUUUGCAGUUCGACUGCAUGUGGAUCAGUUGUCUAGUCCUUGGAGUCCAGUAGUUUACCAUACCACACUUCCAGAAGCGCCAGCUGGCCCUCCACUUGGAGUGAAGGUAACUUUGAUAGAAGAUGAUACUGCUUUGGUUUCCUGGAAGCCACCUGAUGGUCCUGAAACAGUUGUUACUCGCUAUACUAUCCUCUAUGCAUCUAGGAAGGCUUGGAUUGCUGGAGAGUGGCAAGUGCUACACAGAGAAGGAGCAAUAACCAUGGCUUUGCUGGAGAACCUGGUGGCUGGAAAUGUCUACAUUGUUAAAAUAGCAGCAUCCAAUGAGGUGGGAGAAGGACCUUUUUCAAAUGCAGUGGAGCUUGCAGUCCUGCCAAAGGAGACUUCGGAGUCCAAUCAAAGGCCUAAACGAUUAGAUUCAGCAGAUGCCACAACUUAUUCUGGCUAUUACCACCUGGACCAGAAAUCAAUGACUGGCAUUGUUGUAGGAGUUUGCAUAGCCCUGACCUGCAUCCUUAUCUGCAUCCUGAUUUUAAUCUACCGCAGUAAAGCCAGGAAAACGUCUGCUCCUAAAACUAUGCAGCAAGGCACGGACCAGCUGUCACAUACCAGCAUCUCCUUAGCCAGUGCGAAUGAGGUGGGGAAGAGUACUGAAGGAAUCACAGAGAAUGAAGAAUCUUUAUUGCCGAUGAUAGUAGGAAACAGCUUCAUUGAUGCUAAGGGGGGAACUGAUAUGAUUAUUAACAGUUAUGGUCCUAUCUCAAAGACCAGCUGCAAGAAAAGGUGGCUUUUCUUCCAAGAUUCUAAGAAGGUGAAAACGGAGGAGCCUCAGAGAAGAUUUGUCCAAGCUGUGUGCUUGUAUCAGCCAGGAACCACUGUACUGAUCUGUGAAGAUGACUCCCCCAGUUCCCCAGGCCAGCAAUCUAAGUUCCAGGUGCCAUUCAGUAUUGUAGCUGAUACAGAGCAUUCAGCCAACAGUGAAGGAAGCCACGAGACAGGAGACUCUGGAAGAUUCUCUCAUGAGUCCAAUGAUGAGAUACACCUUUCUUCUGUUAGAAGUGCCAGUCCACGCACCUCCAGUUCCUUUGUAGGCAGUGACUCAGGUGUGAACGUGAACCCUGUCUUGAGUAACUGUGAAGAGCCUCCAGUACCACUGGCUACUGACCAGACUUCUACCUCAUCUCUUCAGAUACAGUGCACGGUACAAAACUGAGUUACCUAUCCUGACAGUCAUGCCAGAUAUCUUCACAAUGUAUAUCUGUUCGAAGGACAAUGAACAGGGAGCCAAAGUUUAUUGUGAAAAGCCUGAUAACCCAUCAGGUGAUUCCGUAUUUCUUUUGAAUGUUUUUUGUUGUUAAGUCACUCACUUUGAAUGUUCAGUGGUAAACAAUGUGAAAGGACAGUAAAGCUUUCUGACUAGAGUUAAAAAUCUAUCACUGGUGCAAAGGGAAGGCUGUUGGCCCCUUUGCUGAAUAUCUACCUCAGUUUGCCAAAUGGCGAACUCUGAAUGACAACUGCUUUACCUCAUUUGUAUUAUAGUUGGUCUCAGCUACAUAACUGAUGAUACUUCCUAGUAGGAUUUUUUUUUUUUUUGGCUGUAUGUUGUCUGAGUGUGUGUGAGAGAGAGAGAGAGAGAGAGAGAGAGAAAUCAAAGGAGUUGUAUAGGUAGAUGAACAAGACAGUUUAGCUGAAGCUCUGACUUUAAAAAGAGGGACCCCUGAGGGGAUUAGUAAAUGAUUUAACAUGACUGACCUGAAGAACAUCAAAUGAGAAAACUGUAGGGCUGUUACCUUUGAGAAAACUGUGCAUCAGUGUGGGAAUAAUGGAGUUAGUACUUCAAAAUGUUCAGUAAACCGCUACUUUGAGUCUCUAAAAAGUAAUUGGGCUCUCCUUUUAACCCACUUGAUUGCUAUAUCUUCCAGUGUCCCAGCCUACAGAGGACAGUGCCUUUUCCACACAGUUCUGUUGUGCCAGCAGUUGCUGACGGGAUGUAUGUUAAAUCCACAGGGCUCUAGGGCAUGCUGGAUUCCCCACAAAGACAUAAAACUGCUCCUUUAUUGACGAUUAAUGCUAGAAAGCUUGGUGAAAUUAAUUAGUAUUCAGCUUCCAGCCAGCUUGGAGUGGUGUGAAAACUCUGCCUGAAAAAAACACAUAGAAUAGACAAGUAAUGCUGAAUGUUUCAGUAUCCCUGUACUUCAUAGCAAUGGUGCCUUCCAUUAUAUAUAAUGAAAUUACUACUUUGCCUUAUGCCUUCUUAGCAUUCAUAAAGUUGCUUCGGAGCAUAGAAAGAUGCCUUAAAUGCUUCUUAGAUUUCUGGGUAAAUUGUGAGAUUAGUAAUUAUAUUUCAGUUUUACCCAGCUCUGCAGUAUGUCUGAGCUGUUGUUAAAAUGCAGUCCUGUUUCUUGCCUCAGUUUAGGAUGCUAUUAGUGAGGAAUUUUAGUUCAGGGAGUGACUUCAACCACAUGCCAGUCUAAAACUCUAAUUAAGCCUCAAUGAAAAAUAAAAAGACAGAGCUUUAGUUGAAAAGUCUGUUGAAAGGGUGAAUGUUGAUACUGCCUCGUACCCAUACAAUUCCUGUUUUAUACUACCUCCUUUUAAAGUUAUUCUAGUGUUAUUUUUUUUUCCUGUACUCAGGGAACAGUGUAUUACUUUUGACCUGCCUCAGAGAAAUGUGGGGCAAAC